AUGGCUGUUACAGCGGCUAAGGAGAUUGCACAUGUCGGCUCAGAACUUCUCCAGAAUUACCAAUCGCUACAAAAGUCUUUUAAUCAAUAUAUGCAAGCUAUUGACACUCUCAUAUGGUCAUCUAAGAAAGCGUUCCCGAAAGCCAAAGCACAUGGAGAUGAUUUGCGUGAACUGGCUGCAAAAUCUGCUCAGAUUUUGGAGCGGCACAAAAAAUGUAUUCGAGAGCUUUCUUCUCUUGUGACAAAAACUAGUGCGUAUAGUAAUGAAGAGAAGGACAAACUCAAAUCCAUGCUAAAUAAAUUCCAAAGAGAUGAAAAGAAAAUUAGAAAGCAAUGCAGCAAAGGUCUUAAGAUGUCAAAGAGUGACCAAAUCGAACGUGAAUCCAUUCGAUCACUAAGCAGUGUUGACAAUUCCACAAGCAAUUCGACUACAAAGCAGCAGGAAAUGGUUGGUACUGUGACAGGAAAAAAUGGAUCACUUUCAUUCAAUGAAGCAUCAGCGCAGCCACCUGUAGAUGAUCACUACUCCAACAAUACUGUUCUGGAUUUGAUGGAUUAUCGUCCUGUGGAACCGGAAACAAAGCUAAGCAAUGGUAAACGGCCACCUGUAGGAGGACGUUGGGUGCUUCCACCUUUACAAAACUUCAAACCACAUAAUCACGUCGAUGCAAUGUAUGCUCCGGAAACUACACCUGCCGAUCGACCACAGCCACCGACAGCACAGGCACAAAACGGGAGUAAGUGUCAAGAUAAGACCUAG